UGUCGCAUGUUCAAGCUUGAAUAAAAGGAAGUUGUUAUCGAAGUCAUCGUAUGGUUGCUGUUGGAGUGUGUCAUGAUAUCGGUAUAUUAUUACGUUUGUGAAGCGUACUUGUGCGGCAAUAGAGACAUCGUUGUGUUAUCGGCCUCAUAGUAUACAGGAAAAGAAAUUACGGCGAGUGAUUUGUAAUUUCUUGUUUCUUUGAAGCGUAGGGCCGUUGAUAUUUCACAUUAAAGGAAUAGUGAUUAAUGAUAUUUGGAUCCGAAAAGCAAGAUAAGAGCGAAAAUAAAUGAAGUGGCCAGGAGGUGAGGCGGACGGAAUGUUAAGCCACACAAAUGGGCAUGUGUCAUCUCCGCAGAUUAUAAGACAGCAGAUACCGGAUCCAAAUCGACCGCAGCUGGCUCGUUCACAAGAUGACGCUAUGGUGGGUUAUGUUUUUCAGCGCCCUCAGUCUGAUCCAGACUUCCCAAUUCUACCACCAUUUAACAAACAACAGCAGCGAUGGGCAUUGGGUGAUGAAAGUAUCAUUGAUAGCCAUGAGAAAUGGAAGUUUCCUAUUAUGACCAAAUUAACGCAUCCUGUUCACAAUAUGGUUCCAUAUGAAAUGCACCCAGUUGCAAUUAAGCCUGGUGCUGAUCAACUUGUGUUCCUCAAUAAUCAUAUGACUCCUCAACAGAUGGCAGCUGCUGCAUCACUUCAUCAGCAGCCUAGAAAUGGCCAGAUUGCGCCCUCUGCCAAGAAAUUAUGGGGAGUUGAGGAACAGAAAGAUGACCCAAAAGGGAUUCUCAAUUUGAAUGAUCAUCAGAUGUGGAGAGAUUCAACGUGGAGUACGUCUGAUCAUUCCGUGUCGCAGCCAAUCACAAUGGUACCCCCACGUCGGUCGGGCAGCUUUCCUGGCAGUGACGCCUCCAACAUCCUGUCGCCACGUUCCUCGGAGACCGGGGGUUUGGGUGUCAAGAUGGUGGAAUACGUCCUCAGGUCCUCUCCCACCGGCAAAGAUCUCGAGCCCCGAAUGAGAGGCCUCGUGUUGAACUCCAGUGACUCGGACAAAACCGACAAAGACAAAGCACCGUCACCAUUUGAGGCAAGCAAGAAGGAUGUGGAAAACGGCAACACAACACAACCAAACGGCAUCGUUCAGAAUGGCCUUGUGGAUGACGACAAAGCUUUCAACCGGACACCAGGCAGCAGACAGCCCUCUCCAGCAGAAGAAGACAUCAACAAGAACAGUGGCAGUGGUAGUAAUGUGGUUGUUAUGGGUGGAGGGAAACCGCCGUCAUCGGAAGGUGUGGAGAACCACCACCAUCAUCCUCACCACCACCCUCACAUUAACCACCAUUCCAUUGCACAUCAUCCGAACCACCCCCAACACCAUCUUCACCAGCAGCAACAGCAAGCCGCACACCACAUGCAAAACCACCAUCUCAACUUGGACAGCGUGAAUCAGCAUUUCGAACAUGUAAUGGCGAUGGAUCCAAGCGGAAGCGCUAUGGCGCAAUUUGAUCAGGCAACAGCCGUCACGGGUUAUGCAGGAGGCGCUGGUGUUCCUGGUGGUCCCGGAAUGCUGCCUCCACAACAGCAGCAGCAAGGCGGUGCCGGGGUUGGCGGAGGAUUGGAUUCCCCCAGUAUCCUGCCUCCCAACUUUGACGUACAGCAAUUGUUUCGGAACCAGCAACAACAGCAACCGACACCACAGCAGAUACAACUAUUGCAACAGCAGCAACAGUACCUCGCCACCCAGUCUCAACAGCAGCUGGGUCUUGCAGCGCCUGCCGCUGCUUUCACAAGUGCCCCCUACGUUAUCAAUGCACAAGAACCGUACGUCGGUGCACUCAUUACAGGUCCGACAGUUGUGCCCCAGUAUUAUGGUGUGGCAGCCCCAUGGGGGGUGUACCCUGCCAACAUUAUCCAGCAGGGGGCAGCUGCAGCAGCUGCCGCUCAACAAAGACGCCCACUCACCCCUUCCUCUGCUUCCGAAAUUAGCAACAGUUCCAGUAACCUCACACAGGUACAAGGUCAAUAUCAGGUAAUACCUGCAUACUAUGAUCAGACUGGGUCGAUAAUGAUGGGCAAUGUUCGGGGAAUCGGAAAUGGGACUCCCAUGAGGCUGGUGUCACCUGCACCCGUAAUAGUCAAUGCUACUGGAACACCAGGCAGCAACAUGAGACUGCUCGGAAAUCAGCCGCAGCAAAUAGCCACACCUCCGGCAUCAAUUUACAACAGCAACCAGCAGCCCUCGCUCUAUACCUCUACUGCGUCCAAUGGGACCACAAUCAGUGGUCUGCAGUCCGCAGCUGCAGCUGCUGUGGCCGCAGCAGGCUCAGCAGCAGGCGUGGGUAAUGGGUUCUCAUCUCUAGCCAACACACUUGCUGCGGGCUAUGGCAACAACAGCUUGGGCACCAUUGGCUCCCCAGCAUUAGGAUCUCUGGGAUCAGGGCUUGGACUCAGCAGCGCUAGCUCUGGGCGACGGGACUCAUUUGACAGAAACACUUCAGCAUUCUCACCAUCUUUAGAAUAUGGUCGUGGCAAGUGGCCAACGAAUUAUGGAGCACUCGGUACAGUGACUGCGUCUCCUAGCCCUCUAGGCAUACAGGGUUCCCUCACACCCCCACCGACUCUCUCUACUACUGGAAUGGGUAGUUCUUCAAAUUUGCAGCUGGGAGCACUAAUGUCUGGUGCUUCAGGUGCGGGUAGUCGUCUUAUCUCGGCAGCACCGGGAGCUGAAGCGGCGAAGUACCGAAAUGGAGGGUUGCCAGGCAUCAACACAAACGGAAUGUUUGGCUCAAAUAGCUCACUGUUCACAAAGCUAGGAACUGGCACCCGGGCCAGUGGUGUGGCGCCAACUCUAGAAAAACCUCCUGGCAGAAGUAGAUUGCUAGAAGACUUCAGAAAUAAUCGGUUCCCAAGUCUGCAGUUACGCGAUCUGGCAAACCACAUAGUGGAAUUUUCUCAAGAUCAACACGGAUCAAGGUUCAUCCAACAGAAGCUUGAACGUGCCACUGUGUCAGAAAAGCAGAUGGUAUUCUCCGAAAUCCUCACUGCUGCAUAUAGUCUCAUGACAGAUGUUUUUGGAAACUAUGUGAUUCAGAAGUUCUUUGAAUUUGGCACACCUGAGCAGAAAACAACAUUGGCUCAGAAGGUUCGAGGACAUGUGCUACCACUAGCGCUGCAGAUGUAUGGAUGUCGUGUGAUCCAGAAAGCUCUGGAAUCCAUCUCUCCUGAUCAGCAGCAGGAGAUUGUACGUGAACUUGAUGGUCAUGUCCUGAAGUGUGUUAAGGACCAGAAUGGUAACCAUGUUGUGCAGAAGUGCAUCGAGUGUGUUGACCCACAUGCACUGCAGUUCAUUAUCAAUGCAUUUUCAGGCCAGGUGUUCUCGCUGUCAACGCACCCAUACGGCUGCAGAGUAAUUCAGCGUAUCUUGGAGCACUGCACACAGGAGCAGACAGCACCAAUCUUGGAGGAGCUGCACCACCAAACAGAGCAGUUGAUACAGGAUCAAUAUGGCAAUUAUGUUAUCCAGCAUGUGCUCGAGCACGGGAAGCCUGAUGACAAGACGCAGAUUAUCAUGUCAGUCCGCGGAAAGGUGUUGGUGUUGUCACAGCACAAGUUUGCCUCUAAUGUCGUGGAGAAGUGUGUAACUCAUGCAACACGCGCUGAAAGAUCUUUUCUCAUCGAGGAAGUCUGCAAUUUCAAUGACAGCGCCCUGCAUGUCAUGAUGAAGGAUCAGUACGCCAACUAUGUGGUGCAGAAGAUGAUUGACGUAUCAGAGCCACAACAACGCAAGGUGUUGAUGCACAAGAUCCGACCACACCUCAACUCACUGCGCAAAUAUACGUAUGGGAAGCACAUCAUUGCCAAACUUGAGAAGUUCUUCAUGAAGACUGCAUCAGCAAUGGGUGUCGGAGUGGGUGUGGGCGGUCCUGUUGGAGUAGGCGUCACUGUGGGUCCGGACCUUGGGCCAAUUGGUCCACCCACUAAUGGUGGUUUAUGAGCUGUGCCCCCCUGUUAAUUAUGUACAUAAUUGAUGGAAAGUGUAGAACUACUCUUUCUCUGGCAGUGACAUUGGCUGUCUUAUUUUCUUUUCUACUUGUGAAACAGUACAUGGUGCUUAAUUGCAGCUUGUUACAGACUCUUCCAUGGUACAUAGGAACGCUCAAAAAGAAUGCUGAUGUUGCAUAGGGAUGGAACGUACAUUAUUACAUGUUGUUUCUGGUAAUUCAGUUUUGUUCACUGGAGCGUUUGCAUUGUUGCAAUGUUGGAGUGUUCACAGUAUUUUAUUUAAGUUGUAAUGGCUGUAAGAAUAUAGAGUUUUAGUUUAUAUACAUCAUGUUCUUUGCAGUUUGGUAUAGACAUGUGUAUGAUGGAGCAUUCUAUGCUCAGAGACAUUUCUAUUUUUAGAAGAAUAUGGAACUUCUUUAGUGAAGUGCAGAAAGCAGACUUGGUAGUUAGAAUAUUUAGUUUGUUGAUUGCACAGGAGUUGAGAUGUGUUUUGUUUUAAAAGAGAGUUGUUCCAGAAGGCCAAAGUAAUAUUUGCCAUGCCCUGUCAGAGAGGAGUAGUAUGAAACACAGCUAGGGAUGUUCCAACAUUGAUAAAGGUGGAGCUCUGGAUUGGUUUGUUGUGUUACGUUUUAUAUUUCCUUGGGACAUCCCUCUGUGUUUCCAUGAUAUGUCUCGUACAUUGAUUAUCAUCUGUAAUUGAUUAAAGUGAUAAGGUGAGCAUGAUGAUGAUAUGCUGUACAGCUAAAGAAAGUGAAGGGACCACCUCGUCCUGUCAAUCUUCCAGAAACAACCCAAUUUGAAAUCAAUUUUCCUCGCUGAAGAAGAUGGAUCAUAUAGCAGUUGUAUAUAGAGCAUUGGUCAGGUUUUGUUUUAGUUAAAUGCCUCCCUGUUAUUGGGUGUAAGGUAUUGAAAAAUUAAGUUGGAGCAAGAAGACCUCUGUUCAGAAUCAAGUUUGCAUUUGGUUGUUUCCCCCCCCCCCUAUAUCUCUUCUCUCCACCCCAUUUUAUCCAUCUAAGUGAGGGUUUUCACAAAGACAGUGCUACCAGAAUCGGACAUUGUAUAUAGAUGAUAUGGCAUAGGGACAGAAGGGUGAACUUUUAUGUAGUGUUUCCUUCCUGUCAGUUGGCAGGACUGUAAUCAGAUUUUAAUAGGAAAAGGACGAUGGGAAUUUUGAAAGUGAAAAGUACUUUUAAUUUUGGCAUUUACUUGCAAUAACCUGCUUAGUAAAAUAGAAUAGUUUUUGUUCUUCACAAUUCUUAGAUCUGCAGAUAAUUGAAGGAGAAUAUGCUGUAAAUUGAGUAAAAUAUAUUGAGAUUUCAACUAAAUACUUCAUUUUGUAAAUUUCACAGUCAAAGAACAAAAAUUACAAAGAGCAAGAAUUUUAAAAUAGUUAUGUUGUGUCAGAUGAAGCAUUGUAAUAUAGUAGUUUAUCAGGAUGAUGUUCUGGAAUACAGUGAAUCAAAUGUAAUUACUAGUGCAGAGUUACUGGAGAAUCUGUUGUAAUGCUUGGUGGGAUUUCUUUAGACAGGUUUCAGUAUGUCUGUUGCAGAACGGGCAGCAGGCAUAUGUCAGGUUUAUACAUAAAUGCAGUUAGAUUCUAGGCUUUGAGCAAAUUUAUUAGAUGAAAGCUGCAGUCAUUAUCUUAGGAGCACUUCGAAAGGAACGCAUGCAUCUUCACCAAAAGACCUGCUCUGGCAUGAAACAAACCAUCAUCAAAUUGUGAUAAAACCCUCAGGUAAUAGUUGCUAAUGGAUUUUUUAAAGAGACUACAAAAAGUUUAAAAAACAAAUGUUCCAUACAGUCACUGGAUGAAAACAUCACACAUCAAAAAAGUAGCCAGCAGAAGACAACAGGCAAUAUGCAUUGUUAUUUAUUGCUGAAAGGCACUGUUACUGCUGGGAUCCACAUACCUUACCCUCCUCUUCCCCCAGAUGUAAAAUUAGAGAAGUAUUAAUUAAUUGAAAUCGAAAUACUGUACAUUUCUCCAAGGUCGUUGUGUAAAAAAAUGCCGUUGAUACUUUGUGAAAUAUCUCUAGAACAGUUGUACAAAAAAUACGGAACAAAGUUGUACA